AUGGGUGUCUCCAGCAGUCGACUUGACCUCGAAGAUUCCGUCCUCAAUAGUGAGGAUGGACACAUCGAAGGUACCACCUCCAAGAUCGAAGAUGAGAACGUUGCGCUCUCCAUGUCCCUUCUUGUCGAGUCCGUAGGCGAUGGCGGCAGCAGUUGGCUCGUUGAUGAUACGAAGGACGUUGAGUCCAGAGAUGGCUCCGGCAUCCUUGGUGGCCUGACGCUGCGAGUCGUUGAAGUAGGCUGGGACGGUGAUAACGGCGUCCUUGACGGUGCUUCCGAGGAAGGCUUCAGCGGUCUCCUUCAUCUUCAAGAGGACCAUAGAAGAGAUCUCCUCAGGAGUGAAGAUCUUGGACUCUCCCUUGUACUCGACCUGGACCUUUGGCUUGGCUCCUUCGGCGGAGAUGACCUUGAAUGGCCAAUGCUUCAUGUCCGAUUGAACUGCUGGGUCGUCGAACUUGCGCCCGAUGAGACGCUUGGCAUCUGA